AUGGACCCCUUCCCGCUCUUCUCGCCGGGCCUCCCGCGCGGGAGCUGCGGCGCGUCGAACAUCUUCACGGCCGAGGAAGAGGCGUCCCACGCCGACGCGAAGACGCGCGAAGAAGCCUCGCUGUCCGUGGACUCGGACGCCGCGCCGAAGGAGGCGCUCGCCGACGCGACGAACGGGGCCGCGCCGCUCAUGUCCCCGUCGCCGCUGAAGCCGCCCCCGCCGACGCCCGCCGCGCCGUCGCCGGUCGCGCCGCCCGCGGCGCCGUCGCCGCAGAAGGAGCUCUUCGUCGACGACAUGCCGCCGUCGACGACGAAGAAGCGCCGCGCGUCCGUCGUCGCGCUCGAGGGCCGCGGCCACGUCGAGUCGGAGCGCGAGACGCGGUGCAAGAAGCGCGCCGGCGGCCGGUCGAGCGCCGACCGGUGCGAGUCGCACGCGGAUCGGGCCAAGGAGGUCAUCCCCAUGGGCCGCGUCGCGCAGGAGCGCGCCAAGUGGGCCGCGGCGGCGCGCGCGUCCGAGGCGCCCGCGCGCGAGUCGUCGGGCCGCGCGUCCGGCUCCGCCGUCUUCGCGCCGGCGCCGGCGCCGGCGCGGUCCGCGGCCGAGGCCGCGGCGCGGCGCGCGUCCCUGGAGCGCGCCGAGGCCGCGGCGGCGCUCGAGGCCGCGUCGACGAUCCCCGCGCUCGCCGACGACGACGACGGCGGCGCCGCGGCGCCGCCGGCCAAGUGCCGCAAGUCCCUCGAGGGCCUGCGCCAGCAGAAGGGCCGCGUCGCGGCGCUCCGCGACGGCCACCUCGCGCAGAUCGAGGCCGAGCGCCAGCUCAAGCUGUCCAAGGCGCGCACGGAGGGCCUCCGCGCGGACGUCGGCUCGCUCGUGAGCCUCUACGAGGACGCGCUCCGGCGCUUCGACGAGGCGAAGGACCGGCGCCUGUCGACGCGCGCGUGGCAGCCGCGCGCGAGCCUCGCCGAGGGCGACGAGGACGACGACGACGACGGCGAGGACCUGGGGCUGCUGCCCGGGCCCGCGUUCUCGAACGUCGCGACGGAGCUCCGCGCGCUCGUCGUCCGCAUUUCGCCGCGCGACGCUGGCCAGGUCCUCGAGUACUACCACCGCCGCAAGGGCGACGCCGCCGAGGGCGACUGGGUCCGCGCGGACGGCGGCGCCGUGUCGCUCGAGAUCGCGGUCCCGGGCGCGCACGUCUUCGCCGCGCGCGGCGUCGACGCCGAGACGAGCGACGCGGUCACGGAGACGACGACGGCCGUCUUCGAGCACAGCCUGCCCGAGGUCGUCAAGCACGCGGCCCACGACCGCGCCCUCGAGCUGCGCACGUCCUACGCGGACGCGGACGCGGGCUACGCGCUCUGCCCGGACUGCGCGCUGCCGGCGCCGCGCGCCGCGUCGCUCGCGCCCGCGGACCGCUGCUCCGUGUGCCCGCCGGAGCCGGCGCCCGGCGGCGGCCGCGCGUCGGUCCUCGACCGGCCGUCGGUCGCGCCCGCCGACCGGCGCCGGUCGUCCGUGGCGCUCAACGUCGGCGCGAAGCGCCUCUGGCUCUCCGAGGACGUCCAGUUCGCGGGCAACGCCACGGAGAUCAAGCCCGAGUCCCUCGAGCUCAUCGACCAGCUCGCGGCCGUGCUCACGUCCCACGAGAACGUCGACGGCCUCGUGCUCCAGGGCCACACGAACUCCAAGUGCGGCCUCGACUGCGACGGCACCACGGUCUGCGCCAACGACACGUGCCAGCGCACCUUCGGCGCCUCGGGCGGCGCCGUGGCCUUCUCGCUCUCGCGCGCGGCGGCGGUCAAGGCCGCGCUCGUCGCCCGCGGCGUCGACGCGGGCCGCAUCGACUGCGAGGGCAUGGCGGGCUCGCGCCGCUGCGUCGACGACACGGAGUCCGCGGACAACUACCUCAACCGCCGCGAUUCGCUCCUCUCCUGCUUCUGCUACGACGAGAACAUCGGCCGCGACUCCCCGAGCUUCGAGCGCACGGAGGUGUCGUCGUCGAACGUGAGCGAUUUCGUCGUGUCCGUCCACGUCGAAGAUUCGGCGCCGACGCCGGCGCCGCAGGUCGCGCCCGCCGGCGGCCCCUUCGACGACGUCGCGACGCCCGACCCCGCCGCGAGCCUCGCGUCCCGCGACUUCCCCCCCGCGCCCGCGCGCGGCGAGCCCGUCUUCGAGCCGUCGGCCGCCGAGCUCGCCAAGGGAAACGAGAGCCCCGCGAAGGCGUCGGACGCGCCCGGCGCCGCGGCGACGGCCGCCGCCGCGACGCCCAAGAGCCCCGUGAUGCGGGCCGACUCCGUCGUCGUCAACCUCGAGGCCGUCAAGGCCGAGCUCCGGGGGGCCGCGGGCGUGCCCGUCCUCAAGCACUGCCGCGACGGCCGCAUCCGCCCGCGCGCGCUCGUCCUCAGCGGCGCCGGCGACAAGCUCGGCUGGAAGGCCGGCCAGAAGGAGGCGACCAUGCUCGCGCUCAAGGACGUGCAAGAGGUCCGCUUCGCGACGGAGCUCGACCCGACGACGAUCGGCGCGUCGGAGAAGCGCGCGGGCGGCAUGGCCGGCACGGAGACGCUCCGCAAGUCCGCCCUCGGGCCCGAGGUCGGCAAGCAGGCCUUCUCCCUCAUCCUCCCCGACCGCACGCUCGACGUCCAGUGCGCGACGCCGAACGAGGCCAAGGCGCUCCACGCGGCGCUCAAGGUCCUCGUCGCCCAGGCCAAGGAAUCCUGGAACGAGUUCUGCGGGCCGAGCUUCGUGAUGCCGAAGAACGCCAUGGCUCCGGUGCGGCGGCGCGCCGCGGGGGCACCGGCCGACGACGCGGGCAGCCCCAUUCGCGCGCCGUGGACGAUGGUGGGCUGGACGGGCGCGAAGCGCAUGCCGGCCGACGCGCACGUCCUGCCGGAGCAGUGGCGCGACUUCUUCGAGCGCCUCGAGGUCAUGGUCUUCUCCGGGUCCGCGGGGCAUCCGCGGACGGCCGACGACGACGAGCUCCGCGACGUGGCGCGGCAGUGCGUCGCGCAGGCGCACGCGCGGCUCGCGGACGACGCGGACCUCGCGGCCGAGGUCAGGGCCGCGCUCGCGGAGUCGCCCUACAUGCCCUGGGGGACGCGGCUCGACGUCCAGGGCUCGCGGCUCCCGCUCGGCUGCGAGCGCCACGAGGCGCCGCCGCGGCGUUCGGGCGGCGGGCCCGCGCCGACCGGUCGCGCGCCGCAGGCGGACACGAUCAACGAGUUCCUCUGCCUGCUCCGGGGUCCGCGGGCCGUCGGCAUGGGCGACUACUGGAUCGGCAUCGCGCCGUCGCCGCGUCCUCUCCGCCGCGCGGGCGGGAUGGCGUCGCCGCAGGUGCGCCACGACGAGACACCGUACAUCACGGGCCGCGUGGGCUGGCUCGCGCGGCACGUCGCCGGCCGCGGCCGGAAGCGCCGCCUGCUCGUGGCGCGGGACGAGGGCGGCGCGGACUGGGACGCCGUGAAGCUCCGGCGCUUCAACGAGGCCAUUUUCUAA